CUUAUACAACUUUCCUAACCGAUAAAAAACCAUUUCAGCCGCAGAAUGCGUCCGAGCCAGUACCUGUAAUAAAUAUGGAGAUUGCUCCCAAGAAACUUUCUGAAGAAGUUGGCGAUGGAGACCAUAAACCAAGGGAUCCUAGUCCCAAAAUUUUGAAACCCUUAGCCACUCCUGAUCCAACACCGGCAGUAACCCCUGCAAGAACGAUCAGACCCAAAAAGAGAAACCCUAUUGCCAAAGUUCAAGAAGAAGCAGAUCAGGAUGAAAAUGAGAUCAACGGAAAGAUGAACGAGCAUCACUACGACGAAUCUUUCUGUAAACAAUUUAAUCAAUACGCGCUACAGCAAGAGGCAGAAUUCGAGGCUGCUAUCGAGGAUGAACUCUCUCGGCUGGAAAACGAUGCUAAUAAACUGUACAUAUCGAAAUCUCAGGAAGUUUCCUACGAAGACGAUUAUGAACCGGAUUCUUCUCCUGAGAAAAUGUGUGGCAAAAUGGCUGACAUAUUCGAUCAUAAGGUUCAUAUCAACGAGCUGGAAGAACAAAUUCGUAACUUGGGCGGUCCUUUGAUGAACGGCUCUUCUAAAAAACAUCACAAGACUAGUGUCGUCAAGAAAAGUUCUUCAUCUUCAUCGGAUCCAGAUUCCAGUCCGAAUGCUAGCCGUGAUUCAACGACGUCCAGGGAGUUGGAAUCUAUGAAGCGCGAAAUACGAGAGAAUAUUAUGAAAAAGGAAUGCCUCCUGGAUACUUUCUGUGAUGAAAUCAACGGCAAAGACUCGACUCCAAACAAAAGCAAUAGAUUGAAAGACAACCCGAAACGAUCGCAAAUCGAUCCGCGAAAGAAGAAGAAUUUGCUGGAAGCAUUGAAAGCAAUCGACGGUGAUAGCUAUGAAAAAUCGUGAAUCUUGGUUUAUUUUGUACUAUAACGAUAUAUUUUAGAAUGAAACACGUGCUUUUUAUUCGUAUGUGUAUUUUAAUUGUAAAUGAUUCGCUUGAGUAUGUUUGAACGAUGAAAUA